UGCCCUGGAGGCCCCGGCAGCAUGGGGUCUUCUCUCUUCCCCCUGGAAGUAUCCCCGGCGGGGAGGGAGACGCCAGCAGAGCCCACAUGCCCUCCCACCCGGGCCUUCUGCCUUUUGCCACCUGGGACUCCACAGUUUGGCACAGCUGGCUUCAAGCCAACAAGGCCAGGAGGCCAGUAGGGAAGAGCCACAGGUUCACCGGCAUCCCCUAGCUGGGAAGUAGGGGAGAGGCACUAGUAGAACGAGGUGGGCCUUGAAGGGGAUGCAGGGACCCAGGGGCAGCAGAGGCUCUGCAGUAGCUGCCCCAGCCCAUGCCUCACCACCCUGGUGGCCCUCGAGGCACACACAGCCCCAGCACCCCUGCCCCAGCCAUUGUCUUUAUUUAUAGCUCUUGUACCUUCUUGUUCUCUGAGCAGUCAUUCACUCACUGCGUUUACUGCUGGUCCCCCCGGGACGGCAGCCCCUUAAGAAGGGGGUCUUCACCUGUCUUGCUCACUGCCUGGCCCUGGCAGGUGCUCAGGGACCACAUCCUGAGGCGGUGCCGACUGAGCUAGGGCAUCUCAGGGGGGCUCCCCACUGUGGGCAGAGUCGUGUGCCCGCCAAAGGCAUGUCUACGUCCUGACCCUCAGAACCUGGGAGCGGGACCUCAUUUGGACAUAGGGCCUUGCAGAUGGGACUAUGUUAUGGAAGCCACAGGAAACUUGCGAGAACUUUCCUCGGAGUCAUGUGUUAACAGCAUUUGGACUCUGCCUACUGAGUCCGUGCAUUAGUUUCCUGUGGCUAUUGUAAGAAAUCAUCAUCUACCUAAUGACUUAUCUGAACAUUUAGGAGGGCAGAAGUCCUAAAAUCAAGGUGUGGCAGGGCUGGUCCCUCCUGGGGGCUCUAGGGGAGAACCUGUCUCCUGCCUUUCCCAGCGUCUAGUGGCCGCCUAUGUCCCUUAGCUCGGGACCCUUCCUCCCCCUUCAGAGCCAGCAGCACAGCGUCUUCCAGUCGUCCGACCCUCCUGCCUCCUCGUGGGAGGGCCCUGUGCUAACACUGGGCCCCCAGGUCAUCCAGGAUGAUCUCCUGUCCUUCUGCCAUGUGAGGUGGCCUGUGCACACGUCCCGGGAUGAGGGAUCUUUGUGGGGGCACUUUUGAGCAGACUGCAGUCAGCUCUGUCCGUGGGGUUCCCUGUCCUGCAGAAAAGGAGAACAACUUCCCCCCGCUGCCGCGGUUCAUCCCACUGAAGCCCUGCUUCUACCAGAACUUCUCCGACGAGAUCCCCAUCGAGCACCAGGUCCUGGUGAAGAGGAUCUACCGGCUGUGGAUGUUUUAUUGCGCCACCCUCGGGGUCAACCUGGUCGCCUGCCUGGCCUGGUGGAUCGGUGGGGGCUCGGGAACCAACUUUGGCCUGGCUUUCGUGUGGCUGCUGCUCUUCACGCCCUGCGGUUAUGUGUGCUGGUUCCGACCCGCCUACAAGGCCUUCCGGGCCGACAGCUCCUUUAACUUCAUGGCAUUUUUCUUCAUCUUCGGAGCACAGUUUGUCCUGACUGUCAUCCAGGCCAUCGGCUUCUCAGGAUGGGGUGCAUGUGGUUGGUUGGCAGCAAUUGGGUUCUUCCAGACCAACGUGGGGGCUGCUGUGGUCAUGCUGCUUCCGGCCAUCAUGUUCUCCCUGUCCGCUGCCAUGAUGGCCAUCGUGAUUAUGAAGGUGCACAGGAUCUACCGAGGAGCUGGCGGAAGCUUCCAGAAGGCACAGACGGAGUGGAACACGGGUGUUUGGCGGAAUCCGCCGUCGAGGGAGGCCCAAUACAACAACUUCUCAGGGAACAGCCUGCCUGAGUACCCUACUGUGCCCAGCUACCCAGCGGGUGGCGGCCAGUGGCCCUAGAGGGUGCCAGCCAGCCCUGCCACUGCCCACUGCCUCCCUCCACCGCCUUGUCCAGAAAGCCCGAGUGUCUGUCCCCAUGGCCCUCCCAGGAGGGCCCCAGCCGGGACUAUGGACCCUGCGUUCGUCUCACGCCCAGAGCAGGGUUCCUCAUGAGCACUGCCCGGCAGGACACCCUCUGGAUCCUGGAAACACAUCACCUUGACGUCCCUACAAGGCAGCCACAGCCUCAUCUCUCCCGGUCACGGAGGCCUGACCCACUGGAGCCCCCAGGGAGAAGGUGGGGAGCUACCUGGCCACGGCUCCAUCUCGCACCCACUGCCCUGUGCCCUGUUACCAGGGCAGCUGCCCUGACCCAAGAGGUGGCCUCACAGUGUCAGGCUUUCUGUCCCCCGGGGCGAUGCAGGGGCUUGACGUACAGCCUGGUCUUCAAUAUUCUCGUCAUCUCCCAAGUCCCAUCCCCCUGCCUCUGACGGCCCUUGGUGACCAGCCCAUAGACGGCCAGAGGCAGAUCCUCCCCCUCAGCCUGGCGGAGGUCUGUGCUGCUCCCCCCAUCUGUCCAGCCUCUCCCUUUGCCCCUGCCUGAGGGUGCAAUUGUGGGGACACCCUCCCCCUCCUGGCCAGGGACCUCAGGCAAGACCCGCCUGCACCCCAAAUCCAGGACCCAGUUGCUGUGGUGGAGGAGAGAGGCUCCCCCAGACCCAGCAACCCUAGAGGAAAACAGUUGCCAUCUCCGCGGAGCCCAUGGGGCCACGAGUCCCCAGCACAGGGGGUGACGCUGGAACCCGGAGGCUCCUGUUGAGAUGUCGGAGCUGAAGAACCUUUUUCUCAGUCUGCGGGAAGCGGAACUGGUUUCUCAGGAGACAGAGCCCAAGAGUGGCCUUUUCCAAGGGGUUGAGACAUGACACAUCUCUGUGCCUUAUUGAGGAAUUUCAGCAAACGUCACUAUUGUUUUCUUUCAGUCAUUGUAACUCUCUGUGAGCCAGUUUUGUCCAAGUCGAAAGAGCUGAACCGCAUCUGAACCGCAUCUGGGGGAUUUCCACGGGACCUUUGAUAACGCCAAAAAGAAGCCUUUACUGAGUCACCUUUCAUUGCUACGCCCUGAGGGCGCGCUGGGCCACUGCCCCCCAGCUCCCAACCACUCCCCGCAGGACAGGGGCCUCCCAGCACCUGCCAUGCGCCCCACACUCGUUUGCUUUGGCUGCUUGUGCCAAAUGCCCUUGGUGCCCAAAGGUGGCCGCGGUGCCUGGGGUUGGGGGAAGGCAGCUGGGAUAGGAAACCCGCCAGCCGUGGAUCCAUGCCUCAGGUCGCCUGUGUCCUCAGGUGACACCUCCGGCCGACCCCCUUGCCAAGAGGUACCUGCUCAGCUGGCCAUGAGGCCAAAUGUCAGCUCGCCCUGGGCUACUGGCAGCAGGUGCAGGAGCCUUAGGGUACUUGGCAGUCCCCCCACCUCCGCCACGCUUUGCCCCUCAUGGCAAUGUUGGGGUUUUUGUUACAUGAACAUACCUGGAAAUAAAUAUUUCUGCAUCAGACCAA